AUGAGUCAAGGUCAAAAUCCCUACGGUAAUCCAUAUCCACAAGAAGGUGGCUUUCCUGGAUAUCCACCUCAACAGUUUGGAGGAUAUGCAGGUCAACCCGGUGGUUACCCAGUUCCACCUCCCAAUGUCUACGGUCAAAAUACAACAGCGUAUCCACCACCUCCACCUGUUUUACCACGUCCAGAUAUCCCCAAAGGAGAGCACACGGAUAUUGAAAUAUAUAUGCAACAGGAAGAAGGGAAAGAAAAUUUCCUAAAGAAUGAUGAGCAUGGUACUGGUGAAUGGGGAAACUUUAAUGGUCUUGAAAGCAAAGAAAUUCGUCGAGUUUUUAUUCGAAAGGUUUAUUCGAUUCUUUCAAUUCAAUUGUUGAUUACGUUUGGUAUCAUCGCUUUGUUUCACUUUACACCAUCAAUUCGAGGAUAUGUUCGAAGUAGUGAAGGUCAAUGGCUCUAUUGGACAUCCUAUGUCGUAUUUCUGGUAACAUACAUCGCAUUAGCUUGCUGUCGUAGUGCUGGACGACGAUUUCCAACGAAUAUGAUUCUACUCGGAAUAUUGACACUUUCAAUGAGCUACAUGAUGGGAAUGAUUUCGGCGUUCUACACCAUUGAUUCAGUCUUGAUUGCUGUUGGCAUUACAGUCUUUGUUUGUUUGGGCGUAACAUUAUUUUCCUUCCAAACAAAAUUCGAUUUUACAUCAUGCAUGGGCGUUAUCUUCGUUAUUUCGUUGGCAUUAAUGGGCUUUGGAAUUGUUUGCAUCUUUGUACAUUCAGAGAUCAUGUUCAAAAUCUAUGCUGGUCUCGGAGCUGUUGCUUUUUCAAUCUUCUUGGCUGUUGAUACUCAACUAAUCAUGGGAGGUAAACGACACGAAAUCAGCGCUGAAGAUCAUAUUUUUGCUGCAUUGAUGCUUUAUAUCGAUGUUGUUUACAUCUUUUUAUAUAUUCUUUCAUUACUGGACGACCGAAUAACAUCAAAAACUCCGUUAUUGCCCAACACAGAGAUUGAAAAAGUAACUUUAACAAACUCAACGAUUGUUAUCACAGCUUGCUGUCGGAAUGUCCGAAGAAAUCUGCCCGGUUUUCAACGGAAUAUCCAAUCAAUAGCAAAAUUAUUCGGUAACUAUCGAAUCUAUCUCGGCGAAUCCGAUUCUGACGACGAAACGUUAACAUAUUUGAAUCAAUGGAAGAAUAACGAUUCCGACCAUGUUCGCGUCUAUACAUACGGACAGCAACGAUGGAAGCUUAUGUCACGUACAAAUCGUAUCGCUUUCUGUCGCAAUACCCUUCUAAGUGAAGCGCGUCAAGAAAUACCAUCAUUCGAUUAUUACUUCGUUGUCGAUGUCGAUGUUGGUUCAUCGAGCUCAUUCGAAAUCAAGGAUUUUCUUUCGAAUUUCAUCUAUCCUUCUUCAUCAUGGUUAGCAAUGACAGCAACACAACGAGCAGAAUACUAUGACAUAUGGGCUCUACGAAUUCCACUCAUACUACCGUUUGACUGUUGGAAAAAAAUCAAAGAAUUAACAUCGUACUUUAUAGAUCAAUCAUAUUUAAUCGAUCGUUUAGUUAAAAUUCAUCAAAAGUCCAUUCCACGUCACGUACCUUUAAUUGAAGUUGAGUCUGCGUUUGGCGGAGCGGCUUUAUACAACGGAAAGUAUCUGAAUAAACAUUGUUCGUACAAUGGAAAUGAUCAGGAACGACAAUUAACAUUCUAUUCUCAAUGUGAACAUGUACCGUUUCACAGUUGUAUUCAAAAAUACGCAAAACAACAGAAAAUUUAUAUCAAUCCAGUAUUUCAAAUUUGUUAA